GAGUGUGGUUUGCUUGGCACUGUGGAGAAUGCCACCAUUCCGGAUGACAGGUUGAUGGUAUGUCGCCACUGCAACGUGGAGGGUUGCUUGCAUUGUGUACCUGCAGCCCCCGGGCAGAAAGGGGAGAAGCUGGAGCAUUGCCGACAAUGUAUGCCGGGCUAUUCUUUGACUGAGGAGGGUGAAUGUGAGAUGCAGGGCUUAGGAUUCUUUGUGGGCACGGCUGUUGUGGCAGUGGUGGCUGUCAUCCUGGUGAUUGUUUGGUACGUCCGAGUGGCUUCAAAGCCUUGCGUGAACCCCGAAGGCGUGGCUUAUGGCUUUGAAUGUCGUGAUCGCAUGCGGCUGACGGAAGGAAGCACGGGCAAUGUGUAUCCUCUAAGUACAAAUCUGCUGCAGUGCAACGUCGCCGGACCCGGCACCACAGCACUCUUCCGAUAUCAAUUCGCCCUCCUGGUUUGGGCAAGCACUCUGUUGUUGGUGUGGUUUGGCUUCGUCCUCUUCGUGAGCUCGGACCUUCUCAUUUUAGGGAAUCGCGCAGCAGAGUCACCACAGAUGUUGUGUGCCAUCAUCGAAUGGGGCCAUCACAGACAGAUGGACUUGAUCUGGACCAAGGUGUCUUGGCUUUGCUUUGCCUAUGUUUUCUCCUUCGCUGGAGCCAUCUUCUAUGCGGUGCAGCAGACCAAACUUUUUGUGAGGGCAAACCUACAAGAGGCGACCAUGGCCAGCUUUGCGGCGAAGCUGGAAGGUCUUCCCCCACUUCCCGGGGCGCAACAGGUGGAGGAAAAAGUCAAGACGGCCGUCACUGCGGCAACGGGCCACGAACCAGUUGCAGUGAGUGUGGCUUGGGACUAUGGUGAUUGCAAGAAGACCAUCGAAACGAUCUUAGAACAGGAGAUGGAAGAGCCUGAGGCAGAGGAGCGAGUUGCGAGACACAACUGGUCCAAAUUGAAGUGA